CACUCCAGCGCGGGUUUCAUUGGAUACGGAGUUUUUGGGGCUCGAGCGUGUUUUAUUUUCACAGUUAUUUCCAGUGUUUUUUUCAAUAAAAUACUGAAUAAAUACAGUUUUUCCUGUGCUUUUCUCCACUCGCCCAUGAGUUAGAGGCAGCAGCCCGGGCUUGGUCGGAGCCUCGGAGCGGUGCGGAGGACUGUACUCGGCGGGGAGGCUGCGGUGAGGAUGCCCGGGCGGAGGAGCGCAGCGGGCGGCAGGAGCUGAAGCUGAAGUUCAGGAGCGGAGAACUGUGUGGAAAUUAUAAUAAAUACUGAGAAAUAAUCGCCUUUACGUGUCGAAAUGAUCUUCACUACGCUGUGUCUGCUGCUGCCACUGCUCGACGUGCUGCUGUGGGCAGGGGAGCCGAUGUUCGCCGCGGCCGGGCGUCUGGACUGCGUCAGGGCCAGCGAGCUGUGCCUGAAGGAGCAGGGGUGCAGCACCAAGUACCGGACCAUGAGGCAGUGCGUGGCCGGCAGGGAGAGCAACUCCAGCGGGGUGGCCGGCCUGGAGUCCAGGGACGAGUGCCGCAGUGCUUUGGACGCGCUGAAGCAGAGCCCGCUGUACAACUGCAGGUGUAAAAGGGGGAUGAAGAAGGAGAAGAACUGUCUGCGCAUUUACUGGGGGAUCUACCAGCAUUUGCAGGGAAACGACUUUCUGGAGGAUUCUCCGUACGAGCCGGUGAACAGCCGUCUGUCAGACUUAUUCCGACUGGCCCCCAUCUACUCAGAGGGCGGGGCGAGCGGCGGUCCCUGGAGCGGCCCAGUCACCGUGGCCCCGGGGAGAGGGGCCUCUGGCAGGGCUAAACCACAGGAGCCUCAGGACCCCGGUAGAAACAGGAGAGCGCACCCCAAUUGGGGUAUUCUGGGCGAGCCGGCUCUGGCCAAGGACAACAACUGCCUGAAUGCAGCCAAAGCCUGCAACCUGAACGACACGUGUAAGAAGUACCGCUCGGCCUACAUCAGCCCCUGCACCAGCAGGGUCUCCACGGCCGAGGUCUGCAACAAGCGCAAGUGCCACAAAGCCCUGCGACAGUUCUUCGACAAGGUGCCGCCCAAGCACAGCUACGGGAUGCUGUACUGCUCCUGUCCUGCGGGCGACCAGUUGGCCUGCUCCGAGCGCCGCCGCCAGACCAUCGUCCCGGCCUGCUCUUACGAGGACAAGGAGAAACCAAACUGCCUGAUGCUGCAGGAAUCCUGCAAGGGAAACUACAUCUGCAGGUCUCGUCUGGCAGAUUUCUUCGCCAACUGUCAACCGGAGCCUCGGUCACUGUCAGGAUGUCUAAAAGAGAACUAUGCGGACUGCCUUUUGUCCUACUCUGGCCUAAUUGGUACGGUGAUGACACCAAACUACCUGCGCUCGCCCAAAAUCAGCGUGUCGCCCUUUUGCGACUGCAGCAGCAGCGGCAACAGUAAAGAGGAGUGUGACCGAUUCACCGAGUUCUUCACCGACAACGGCUGCCUGCGUAAUGCAAUCCAGGCGUUUGGCAACGGGACAGAUGUGAGUGUGUGGCAGCCCAUGCCUCCAGUACAGACCACCACCUCCAUUACCACUCCAUCACAGAGAGCGAACGACCAGGGACGAUCGUCCAACGCCCUGGAGCCUGGAGCACACAACAACCCGCUAAACCCCGACUCCCUCUACCACUUCUGUGGAGGCCUGCAGGCUCAGAAGCUGAAGACCAAUAAUACAAUAGAUGUGUGUGUGGAUCCGCAGAUCGUGGACCCCAGCUCCAACGCCAUCGCCAGAAACUCCUCCGGCAGGCAGGCGUCUUCAUUAGGCCUUAGCUCUCUACUGCUCCUGCUGGUCAUUUCCCUGCACUGCACCCUCACGCCUCUGCCUGCCCCCACGGCACGGUUGUAGCCACCUGAGCAAGGCAAACCCGGACGCUCUCAAUUUGUACAAAAUUCGCUCUCUGUUCCCGGCCUACCUGUCGUACUCACCUCCUUCUCUGUUUGUCUCCUCUCUCUAUAUCUUUAUCUCUUCUUACGGUUCUGGGAGCUUCGGAUUUUUUGAUGUGUUGACGCAACAAAAAGUUACUUUUUUUUGGUGCAUUUGAGUUAUUUUUAUGUUUCGUUUUGUUUCUUUUUUUUUUUUUUGGACUGGGAGAAGAAACAUGGAAAAAAAGGAAGCGAGAGAUUUGUUGAAGAUGUUGAAGAAGGUCUUGCAACAUUCCAAGAGGGACCACGAGGUGUUCUCGGGUGGCAGCUGAGAGAGAUCGUUCGGGAGGUCGGCGAAAGUCGGAAGUCGUUGGCUUUGAACACUUUAACGGAGAUUGGAGAGUGGAGGCAGCUUCCUGUUCUUGUUAGGUGUUUUUUUUGAAGAAUCGCAUCUGUGUUUUUUCGCGUAUAUUGUGUGCUUACUGAUAUAUGAUACACGUGGACUUCUUCUAUUCAGCACACAACGAAAACCAGAACAUCGGAGGAGCUCGGAGGCUGCCCGCUGAGCGUUCUUUGGAGAUCCAUGACCAUGAUCCUCCUGCUUUUUUCCCAUUCACGUAGAGCAUAUAUACCACAUAUCAAAAGCUCACGUUCACCAAGCGCCAGAGACCCACUAAUACUUGGAGUAAUUUGAGGUUUUUUUAAUGGUGUGUAUUGGCGUAUUCUCACAGAAUGAUUGCAGUCAGAGCUUUAAUGAAUUUACUAAUAUUUCAGUAGGUUGGUUUCAGUGAGUUGAAGAGAAUGCAGAGCGAGAGAGUGCAUUAUAGCGCCCAAGUCCUUGCCAAGACUUGGCAGUGGCACUGGCUAAUAAUCUUCAGAACCUGUGGACCUGUGCAGAGCCUCCAAACCUGUUAAACAGAACGAACAGUCAACAGUGUGUCAACAGCUUCUGAUUUCUGAUUUUCUUUAAUCAGAUAUAAACCCCUAUCUACUCCCAUAAAGCUGUCCAUUCCCAUAAAGCUGUAACUGCACCCCAUGUAUCACAAACCAAGCCAAACCACCCGACACCCGUCUGUCCUUGAGAGUGUACAUUCAUAUUGCCUUUACAAUGUCACACAGUAGACUGUGCUUGGACCAUUGAGUCCAAAUGAAUUAUGAAUUAUUAAGUCCUGUAUGUAUAAUAUUAUAGUCUCUUUUCUUUUUUUAACGUAAAUCUACUCUAAAAAAGGUACCGAUGGGGCGAUUUAUCAUGGAUGCAUCAUGUCUAUAUGUUAUAAGGCAGUAGAUUAAUAGAUCUCGGAUAUUGAUUUAUCUUGAUUUAUCUUUUCCUGAUCAGAUAACAGAUUUGUAACCGAUUUAUAUGAAGUGAUUAUUAUUUUUUUUUCCCUUUCGAAUUGAAAUUGACUCAGUAAAUCAGCCACAACAAGCGCAACACACACACUUUAACACACACAUUAAUUAAUGAAGCAUGUGCAGUUAGUUAACCACUUCAGGCAGAUUUCAGCACCGCACAUUUAUGACAUGCUCCUACAGUUUGUGUGGCUUUUCGAACAAGUAAACGACUGCAUUGUACUCUUAUAUUAUCAUUUACAAGGCAUCCAAAUGUUCAAAAAUGUUCAAAAUGUUG